AUACUAAAAAAAAAUAAUUAAAAACAUUUUAAAAAAAAUAUAAUCGCAUGAUGUCAUAUUUUUUAAUAACGACAAUGAGCGCGAGUGUAAUUUCAAAAAUUUAAUUGCCACUUUACCUAAAUAAUUUUUUUUAUUUUAUUGCCAUUAUUAUUAUUUUAUAUGUAAAUACUGUCACGCCGCUAUACCAGAAAGAAGUUUAAAAAGUUGUAGAAUCAAUGAACAUAUGUGGAGAUUUGAAUAAAUUAAACCACAAUGACGACAAUAAAAAAAAUGAAUCAACAAGUAAUAGUCAGCAGCAGCAGAAUGGAGGAGGCGAUGAUAAAAGACAGGAUUUACCACUUUCUCUGGAUGUCAUUCAGUUUAAUACACGUUGUGUGCAACCUAGAAUUUAUAAAAUUGUUGUACUUGGUGAUGGAGGCGUUGGAAAGUCAGCUGUCACACUUCAAUUUGUAACUCACAGCUUCCUAGACUACCAUGACCCCACUAUUGAGGACUCGUAUAGACAACAAGCAGUAAUUGAUGGCGAGGCAGCUCUUUUAGAUAUUUUAGACACUGCUGGUCAGAUUGAAUUUACAGCGAUGAGGGAUCAAUAUAUGAGAUGUGGCGAAGGUUUUAUGAUAUGCUAUUCAGUAACAGAUAGACAUAGUUUCCAAGAAGUACCUGAAUACCGUAAAUUAAUAUCACGUGUUCGUGUUAAUGAAGAAUAUAUUCCUUUAGUAUUGGUUGGUAACAAAUUUGAUUUGCAAUCACAACGCAAGGUAACGACCGAAGAAGGUAAAGUAUUAGCACAUCAGUUAGGAUGUCCGUUUUUCGAGACAUCAGCAGCACUUCGGCAAUUUAUUGAUGAUGCUUUUUAUUCCCUUGUACGGCAAAUACGUUUGAAAGAACGUAAUCAAGGCAAUGAUGAUACAACACGUGCACACAAAAAACAUUCCUCGCACAGUCGAUGGAGAAGACUGCGUUCUAUUUUCGCUUUUAUUUUCCGCAGAAAAAAUAGAAAUAUACAAAAACCAUAGGCAUUAAUUAUUUAUUUUAUUUUAAUUGCCGUACUGGGUGUUCAUUUCCAAAGCUUGUGAUUAUUUUAUACUUUAUUUAUUUAAAUAUUUUUAAUACUUAUAUAUUAUUUAUAUCUAUGAUAUUUUGUUUUAUGUUUUAUAAAUAAUUUAUUUUAAUAUAUCAUCGAUAGACAAUAUUACGUGUGUAGCAUAAAUAAUAUUUUAAAUGGCCAUUGCUAAUAAUAUAUGUAGAAAAAUAUACAUAUUUGGAGUAUGUAGUUGAAUAAUUAUGUAAUUUUAUAGAUAUUUAUUUUACACAAUAAAUAUAUAAAUAACCAGUUAAAAAAUAUUGAGACGUUAAAUGUAA